GGCGUGUCAAUGUUUUCCUCAUUAUUUUAGAGAUAAAUUAUUAAUAUAGAAAUCAAACAAGGGAAAAUAAUGCAAUAAAUGAAUAGCACAUAUUCUUUUAAAAAUGGAAGAAGAUGACCCAAUAGUGCAGGAGAUUCCUGUUUACCUUUCCCAGGCUUUAGCACAGCAUUUAUACUUGUAUCAGUAUCCUAUGAGACCAGCUAAUAGGGAAUGGAAAGAUAUAAAAGUGACAAAUGCUUCCAUCAAACCAAAUAACCAAAUUGUUAGACUUGAGAUGGGUUUGGACACAUAUAGCGACAAGUAUUGCCCUUCCAAAGCUGAACAGAUUGCCCUUAACACUGAUGGCGCCCAGGAGUCAAGGUAUAUAAAAGAUAAAGAAAAGGAAAAAGCACAAUACUUCAGAAGUGGAAUGAUGGACAAAAUAGUGUAUGAAAGCAGCACACCCUGUACGGAAAUACAACAUUAUGCUGUUGCUAUACUACAGGACAAGGAGCUACAUUGUACUCCCAUCAAAGGUAUAGUACAAAUGAGACCUUCAUAUUCAUACUAUGAUAAACAAGACAAGAGGAAGCAGGACAAAAAUAAAGCGGAAAACUCUGAUGAUGAGGAGAAAGAACCAGAAGCACAGCAGGUGACAGUAAAAUUCGCACGUCCCGAAACGGAGGUGGCUAAGAAAGCUCGCGAGAAGUCGUAUGAGACCAUAUCACAGAGAGUGGCUACUGAACCAUGGUAUGACGGCUUAUGGAAGCACCCGGAUAGUGAUCAUGCUGAUCUUGAACGUCUCAAGCUAUUCAGUUCGACGAGCUCAGAUGGAUCAACUUUAACCCUCAAAGCCGGCGAAUACAUCCGGACACUGGUGCCCGCCCCGCCCGCGGAUGAGGCAGACACUGCACCCACCAAGUCACUGUCCCUACAGGAUCAGAUACGGGAAAUACUUAUUAAUGCCAAAAUGCUGACAUUCUCGGAGCUGCGCUCGCUGUGCGGAAGCGGGACGGGGCUAUCGAGUAACUCGGGUGUCAGCGAGACGGCGCUACUGGCGGCGCUGGGCGGCGCGGCGUGCUGCGUGCGCGGGCUGUGGACGCCGCGCUCGGGCGACCUGUACACGCGCGCCGCGCCCGCCCCGCCGCCGCUCAUGUGUGCGGCGCGAGACCACGUGUUAUAUCUCUUCACACAACAUUCCUACGUGGAGCGACGUAAAAUAGCAGCAGCGGUUCGCUUGCCGCCGCAGCAAGUCCUAGAAAUACUACAGUCAGUGGCCAAAUUCAAUCCGAAGACUGGGUGGGAGCUGCUUUUGCCACCUGACACAGCGUUCGAAGCGAAGUACCCAGAAGUGAUGCAACGGCAAAACCUGUACUUGGAAGCUAGACAGAGGCAGUUCAACGAAAUGCUCAUCGGUGAAAGUGUGCCCAAGCGUCAAAGGAAGAAGUCCCAACGGGAUUCCACCAGUUCUGACACCAUGCUGAGCCCCAAGCCCCGGAAUAAUAGUGUUAGUGAGGAAGACAGUGACCGUAAACGACAUAAGAACAAAUCUGCCACUGGUACCGGAAAACGGACUAGAAAUAUAAGUUCCAGUAGUGCGCACGAUACGUGAACGGUGUAUAUAGUUAGGUUAUCAAAUUGUAGUGCUUAUUGCCUUAUAUAGCCUCGAAGGCGUUUGUACUUGUUUUAGAAAAUUAUGUUUUAGGGUCAAUUUAUACUAGCACAGAGUCGAAGCGCAU